CUCCCCCUCUCCUUUUUUCUCCCCUGCAUCCUCCUCGCGCUCUUCCUCCAUGUCCCCUUCUGCUUUUCCUGAUCCCGCCUCCGUCUUUCUUCCUCUUCGUUGUUCUCCUCCUGCCCCGUUGUCCUGGGCCGCAGGACUCCGUCAGUUGGCGCGGCGGACGAUCUCGGCCUAUGUUCGCAUGGCUGCCACCGUGGUCAUCGCCGUGGUUGUCCGGAUAUGCCUGGACUGUGUCGGCAUAAUCCUUACCGGGCAGGAGGCCGAAGAGGCCGGCUUCUGGUUCGCGCACUGCCGGCGGGACGGCCGCUGCGUGCUGGCCGGCAUCGUCCUGUUCAUCGUGUCCCUCACGGGGUGCUCGGUGUUCGCCUGGAGCUGCCAGGAGAGUGGAUCACCGACCCCACGCGAAACCCCUACGCCUCAGGUUUUCCUUCGAGGUUGUGGUGGACGCGGCGACCUGGAUCCCGAUCUCUGUAGUCGUGGGGAAGACGAACGCGAUGGUGGAGUGGUUCAUGGACAUAGCCAAGGAGACAACCACCGGGCCGCACCCGUGCUGUCCUCAUCCGUGGCCGUGCUGCUCACGCUGUCUUGCGCCCUCCUGACGCACUUGAUCAUGAAGCACUGCAACGACGUGCAGUCGAGCGCCCAGGAUGAAAAGGAGGGGGGCUGGAGGGGCUUCGGGAAGUUCUUCCUGCUGACCACCCUCUACUGCCUAGGCUGGGCAGUGGGCUGGUCGAACUGGGAGCUGGUCAUCUCGCUGGUGGACGCGUUCGACAUGCGCGGCAUGGCCGCCGUGGUCAUCGGGAAACGCUGCCGCGCCGCUCUGCAACCCCACAGGUACGGCCCGGAGCCCAUCAUCCCAGACCCCCGCCUGCAGCAGCUCUGCUACAGCCACGGAUACUCCAACUCCCUCAGGCGUGCCCUCGUCUCCUACGUGGUCUACUCCUGCGUGGUCUUCAUCGUGAUGUGCUGCUGCGACCCCACGUACGGGAUCCUCAUCAUUCUCGCCCGGGAGGAGCGUACCACUCGGUCUCCCAGGUUUUCGACGCCCGGGCGCUGGUGGUGCUCUGCGCGCUGGCUUCCGUGG